GAUGCAAAGUAAACGAACGUUGGGAGCACCAGAACAGGGACCGUCCUGCCACAAUUCUCUUGCUUCUCUUUCUACGGAGACUUAACUAAAUUUGUGCUAACUCACCCUUCGCGGUGUUUACGGAAAGUUGAGAGGGAUAUAGUCUGAAACUUCGCCACCGCGUGGACCUUAAAGAAAAAGGCUUUUUCAACCAAGGACCAGAAUGGCUCUACUCAAACACCUGAAGUUAUAUGUGCUUUGACAACAUCCCUUACAAUUGCUAAAAACUUUGAAAGGAACUCUCCUGACCACCUUCAGAUCCUAAUUUAAAUUUUACCUGUGGAUCGUUACUAAAAGACUGCCAUCAUGCCCAUUCUUAAGCAACUGGUCAGCAACUCCAAUCAGUCAAAGCGGAGGUCUCGGGCUGACCUGACCGCAGAGAUGAUCAGUGCGCCGCUGGGGGACUUCCGUCACACCAUGCACGUGGGCCGAGGCGGCGAUGCCUUUGGGGACACCUCAUUUCUCAGCACCCGUUCAGGAGAACCUCCCAGGGAGCCAGACAAAAAGCAAGGCUCACCAAGUUCCAAGCCCGGGCUUCUGUCCCGCACCUUCAGAAACAGCAAGCGAUCUCAGUCUGUAAAUCGGGCGGACAAGUGUGAGUACAACGCGAUGGCAUCUUCUGCCGGCUCCUCCCAGUAUGUGAAGACCGCCAUAUCCCUGCCGUACCUGAACGACGAGGGUACUAACAGAGGUAUCCAACUGCCAAAGAGCGUUUCCUCAAGCCCAAUGAAGAAGGUGAAUGAGAUCGAAAGCAAGCCGUUAAAUGGAGCAGCAGCUAUGGCAGGCCUUGAUCCAGAGCUUGAAGAACGGGAUUUUGGCGAACCUACAGAUUUGCCUCCAUCCAUGCCUAAGGGAGGUGGGAUGAAGCACGCAGAGUCUAUAAUGUCCUUCCACAUUGACCUGGGCCCUUCGAUGCUCGGGGACAUCUUGAGCGUGAUGGAAAAGAAAGGUUGGGAGGAGGAUGACCUUGGCUACGAGGAAGGCAAGGGAAGCGAGGGCCAUGCUUCGCCGUCCCUCAUUCCCCACAUAGAUGAUGACGAUGCAGAGGAGCGAGCCCCUGCAAGGCCUCCUCGCAGCAUGUACCAGCAAAAAGCCAUGGUGGAUCCCUACACCCCUGAGCUACAAACCAAGAACAACCACCACAAUAUGGAUAGCUGCUCUGUGUCCAGCUCUGGUUCUGAGGAGAAACCUAACUACCGCCUCCACGACGUUGACACGGACAGUGCAAAGUACAGUUCCCCACGUGGGGGAGAAGGAGAGAGAGAUUUCACCUUCAUGGACGAGGAUGAUGACGAUGAGAUUAGAGUUUAGACUUUAGCUGCCACGAGCAGUUGAAAAGGACUGUAAACAUGAUAAAUAAGGCUUUUUCACCAUGCUGUAGCUAGGGUGGGCUAAAUGCACGCUAGAGUGCAGACUGACUGGCUCACAAAGUGGCCCUUUUUGAAGUGUUUGGGUUUACUCAUAUUACUGGUAAAGUCUCAGUUUUCCCAAAAAAGUAUUGUUUACCACAUUUAAACCCUUAACCAAGAAGAAGCAAUUGCAAACCAUUAGUAAAUAAUAUCACAGACAUAUCAUUUUAAGAAGAGAGAAGAGAUGACAGUGAGAUUGGGUAAUGUGGAUGUGUGGUAUGGAUUCUGUGGAAGAAUGUAGGGAAAGGAUGAGGAGUGAAACCCAGAUGGCGUUAGAAUCCCAGUGUGUGUGAGUGAAUAUGGGGUUUUAUUUGCCAAUGACACUAUUUUGGCAUAGACACUAAACAGAAAAAGUUAUGCCUUUUUAAGAGUUUAACAGUUGAUUUAUGCUAUUUUCUACUUUAUUGUAUCUGCAGUAUCUGGGAGUUAGUAUACAGCAGCCUGCUGCUGAUUUGAGUUGGGUAGAUUAUUAUUUUGUUUCUGUUUUUAAUUGGGAAUAUCUACAUUCUUUAAAUUCACAGACAGCUGUAAUAUUUAUUGAUUUGUUGUCAUAAGGGAUGGAUCAUUCUUAAUGUGCACUCCUUAGUCUUAAAUUGUGUUGUUGUUUUAUCCAGAUAUCAUAAUUUCUUAAGGGUACUAAAGACAGAACCAUCUUCUUUGUUAGAGGUUGGCUGAAUUGCACUUAAAUACUGGCCUUAAGUAGGCAAUAAAUUGUCUUAGAUCACUCCUGAUCCCAUGUUCAUUAUAGGGAAAUGUCUUUUACAAAAUCAGAGUUGGUGAAAGAUUUUUUUUUAAUACAGAAAAACUGUGAAUUGUCAAAAAGAGGCCUUUUGUAAGUGUUAUGUGUCUUGUACUUUUUUUUU